GCACACAGUGCUGCGAGGAAAGAAAAAAGAAAAAGAAAGGCAAAAGAGCAAGCAGCAUUCUGAAAUUCCCACAGAUUAAAAAGUUGUUUCGCAGAAGUUUAACCCCGAAAACUGGUGCAUCGUUUGCAACGCGUUCGUGUUCCGGCGGCGGAAGUGUUCGGUACGUUUAUCGUGGCGCGCGCGAGUGAAAGAAAAACCGGUCGGUGUUCCGUCGCGGGCAGGCAGCAGCUCCUCGUUUUCCGAAGGCACUUUAUUAGCUAGCAUCAGUCAGUGUAGGGUUUUUUUUCUCCUGCUUCUUGUUUCGAUAGCACUUGCUCGGUCGUAAAAGAAGUCGGUGGAUCAGAGUGCCACUUUUCGACCACGGGGAAGAACGUCGCUGGAUUCGGUGGUGCCGUAGUUAUCUGUUCGUACUUUUUUCCGCUUCGAAGGGCACAGUGACAUCCACUAUUACCUCGAUUUAGAAGACGUCAGCCAUGAACAGCGCCCCACCUGCCUCUUCGGGCCGCGGUGGUCGUGCUGGUGGCAGCGGUGGCGGUGGUGGUGGAACCGCCGGAGGCGGCAAACGCCAGCAGCAGUCCAUCUACAGUCCCGGCAGUGGACCACUGCGGAAGUCGGAAAACUCCGGCAGCAAUCGGUCGCUGAAUUCCAUUGGUGACGGACCGACGGGUUCCUCCUGGGAUCGCGACCGGGACUGGAACCAGCAAAACGACGGCUGGCGCUCGGUCAAUAAGAAAAGUAGCAACAAAAAGCACGACUAUUACGAUCAACGUCGUGGGGGCGGUGGCGAUGGGGGUCCUAGCUAUCGUCAAGGUUCGGAACCCCGCGUACUGUCCAGCAAUCCACCGAACGUAAACUACAACCGGGCGCAGGAUAGGCUGCGAAACGAGCGCGACACGCGCAGCGUCGAUCCCGGUUUCGGUGGUGGCCGUGGAACCAUGAAGAAACCUCCGUUGCCUUUGAACAUCGAAAGUCUAGCUCCGCGGUUGCAGCGUAAGAUCCUGCUGGAUCACGGCCUACCGUUGGACUAUUUGGAAACCAUGCGGAACGAGCAGGCCAAUGCGGUGCAAAACCGGUCCCACACGCUGCCUAUGUCGCCCCGUUCGCGGCAAGGAAUGCGCGGUGGCGGCGGCGGCGGUGGUGGUCGCAAUCGAUACUCAGGAAACUAUCAGCAGGGAGGACCCGGUGGCGGCUAUCGGGACGAUUACCGAGCGCGAACGCCGGUCGACUACCAGCGGCCACGCAGUCGCUCGUCGGAUAUCGGUGCCGAACAGGACGAAUUUGAUCGGCCACCGAGAACGAGCAGUCGAAAUUCCAGCUGUGAAGCAAAUGACCGAUGGAAUUGCUACGAGCGAGCUCCGGCUCCGCCGGCUAAUAAUCAGACAACGACGACGGUGUUCCGCAAGGAUGGCGGUCGCAGUCGGCAGUACUCGGAGGAUGACGACGGUCGUAAGACUGCCGGCAAGUUGGACUGGGCGGAUGAUGUUGAACAGGAAGCUAUGCUGGAAAAGACUGUUAGUAGCAUUAAUAGCAGCGGUAGUAGCAAUAGCAAUAGGAAUAGACGCCGUAAUCGAAGUAAUUCCCGCUCGAGCAACGACUACUACGACGAUGGUGCCACCUUCAAGGUACCCUACCCACCAAAGGGUAGCGGUGGUGGUGGUGGUGGUAGCAGCGGUCGCAGCCGCCGAAACUCGCAAUCGUCCAACAUGAGCCGUGAGAAUAGCAUGGAUCGAGCGGCUUAUGGUGAUCGCGGCAGCCGUGGCGGUCGAGGCGGAAAGCACUUCGGAAAUCGGGAGAAUAGCCAGGAUCGAUAUUAUGACCGGGAUGAUCGGUACCGGCACCGGAAAGGCGGUGGCGAUCGGUAUAGCAAUAGUAGAGAUAAUAGCAUGGAACGAAGUGGAUCGUGGCAUCGGAACGAUGCACGGAAUGACGCCAAUUGGCGUGGAACGAAUGAUGCCACGGUGGAGAAAACGGAUGUAGUGAAGAUAGCGGAAAUGACAAAGCAGUUCGAAGAACAGAUUGGCAUUCAGAAAGGCCCGGGGGUGUUGGUGCUACCGCCUAAAAUUCCUCCAGUGGGCGGGGAAACUGUUGGCGGCUCACGAAAUGAACGACCCAAGGAUGAACCUCAAACCACAAGUGCUCGCGUGUUGUUCGAUCCGAGCAACCCUAACAAACCGAUUGUGGUGACACAGUCUCAAACUCGCAACUAUAAUCCUCCGGAGAAUCUAAAUGCCCUGACUAACUCCUCUGCACUUGGAAAUAAUGAACGGAAACGAGUGUCUGGUGGAAACCCACUGACUAGCACGCGUCCAGUUUGGUAUGAUACCAGCGCUCCACAAGCACAUUUGCUGCGUAACAAGGACAUGGUACAUCGACUGGAAGCUGCUGACUUACAGCUUCAGGAAUUGCUAUUGAGCGGCAAUUUGUUCCGUGAAUGGGAUGUUUACGUUAGAAUACGAUCAGACUUGCAAAAGUUGUUGGAAACGUUUUUGCUGUCGGAAAUGCGCUUUUCGCAAGAGGUCAACCUAGAGAACCACUUCUGGAAGUUGCUGUAUUACAACAUCGUCGAACAGAUGCGCAAAUUACUGGCCGAAGACCCAGAUCAGAACAAUCGUGCCUACUAUCGAGAGAAAGCUUUGGAUAUUAUCGAAAAUGGUACUCAGUUUUUCGAACAGUUGCUGACACUGCUGGAGAAGCACUACAAUUUUAGUUUGGAAAAUUUCACCGGUCCGAAUGCCGCCACCGCUAGCAAGGGCCUCAGGUUCGGUAUGGCCCUCGUGUCCGCCCAGAAGCUGUUCCUCUUCCUCGGUGAUCUGGCUCGCUACCGGGAGCAGGUGAACGAAGCCAGUAACUUCCGCAGAGCGAAACUGUGGUACGUCAAGGCCCAGCAGAUUCAGCCGAAGAAUGGUCGCCCGUACAAUCAGCUGGCGUUGCUUUCCGUCUAUGCGAAACGUAAAAUCGAUGCCGUCUACUUCUAUAUGCGCAGUCUGAUGUCGUCCAAUCCAUUCGAGUCGGCACGCGAAAGUCUGAUGGAUUUGUUCAACGAGACUAAGAAAAAGUACGAGAGCACCCAGCGCAAGCGGGAGGAGAAGAACCGAGCCCGGUUGAAGGAGAAAGAGCACCGCUUCGAUGGGCACUUGCGGCGCGAAACGUGGAUUCACCCGGAAGGUGGCCCACGGGUUCACCGGACUGCUCCGUUGGAUCCGCUUCUAGCCGGCCGACAGCCGGGCGAAAGCAGUGAAGAAGAGGAAGAGGAACUGCGUCAGCUGGACUCGAUCGAGCUGAACAAACGCUUCAUCGUCAGCUUCCUGCACGUGCUGGGCAAGUUGAUCACCAAGACGGGGAUGGAAUCGUUUACUCCCUGUGCGAUCCAAAUGCUGCGGGAGUUCCGGGCGCUGAUUCAGCACUCACCGAUCGCCGUUACGUCACACCGGUUGCUGCAGUUGAUGUCGCUGAACAUGUUCGCCAUCGAGAUCACGAAGCUGAAAGACGCAUCCAUCGCUCCCGGAGCUCGCUCUGAAGUGCAGGAAUGUGCCCUUUCGAUCGGACUGCUCAUGUUCGGAAUCAUCCUGGAGCGGUUCAUCCACGUGAUACAGGGUGCCUCAACGGCGGCGGCGGCGUCGUCAAAUUCGUCCUCUAAUCCUCCGCUAUCCAGUUGUAACAAUAAUAAUAACAAUAUUAACAACAACAAUAAUAACAAUGACACGAACGAGUCCCUGCUGCUGGCGAUCGCCAGCAAGCAGAGUGCAAUUGCUGAGAACCUCAAAGAACUGAGCCUUGUGGCCACCGGCGGUGGCGACGGUGGUAAGAAAUCAACACCUCAACCGACCAGCAACAGUAGUAGCAGCAGCAGCAGCAGCAGCAAUAACAAGACUGGAAAGGAUAGCAGGAUAAAUGACGCAUCGGCGGAGGCGGUGAACUCGUCCAAAGGGAGCAAUGUUAAUAAUAAUAAUAAUAAUAACAACAACCAUGCCACAACUGGUAACAGUAACUCUAGCAAUUCCUGUGUUGGAGCCAGCGGGAGCAGCAGCAACGUUAAGGAUGGUCAGGUGCGACAGAAGCUGGUACUGCCGGAAGAUGCUAAAGUGAUACUUCCUGCGAUUAAGGUGUGGUGCGACUGGAUGCUCUAUCACAUCGGCACGUGGAAUCCGCCGCCGUUUUGCACGGACUACAAAAUAGGUGCUUCCACUGGACACGAUCCCUGGUCCGGGCUGUCCAGCCUGAUGACGCUGCUUGGCCGGUUGGAUACCAACAAGGAAAUUCUGGUGGUGCUCUCGAAAGAAGCACUAGAUCAUCGAUCGGACUACGAUGUUGUUCGACUGCAGGAGGACAUCACACUGGCUGGAUUUACCCCACUGAUGUACGACGUUCCGGAACCGAUCUUCGCCCGUCGCGAUCGGGACAUGGAAGAGGCGCAGAAUGCACUGCGGGUGCAGAAACUAAUCUUCUUCGGAACGGGAUGCCUGUGCAAGUGUGAACCUCCGGUGCUGCGAAAGGUAACCGCAUCGGAUGGCGCCGAGGAGUUUGUCAGCAUUGUACAAAACCGAAUAGAAGGGUCAAGCGACUCGGAGAUCCUGCUGGAAAGCUUCAGCGAAGACGAAAGCGAAAGCCAGCAGCCCCAGGCCCAGAGUAAAGAUCAGGAAAAAAUCAAAAGCAACUGUGAUGCUCAGCAACAACAGCAGCAACAGAAGCAAUCGCAAAAGAAGAAAGACUCAGACCAGAACGUCGUCGAUGAAAGCAAGAAGAACAACAACACCUCCUCGUCCUCCUCGAAGGGCAACAAAAGGCGCAGCGGGAAUGCUAAAAACAAUGCCGCUAAUAGUAGUGCUAGCAACAAUAGCAACACGAACACUAAUAAUAACAACAACAAUAACAAUAACAACAACACCAGCAGUGCAGCCAACGUCGUCAACCAACCGCCGCGAACGCCGGAAGCAGCUAAGAGCAACCAGGAGAUCCGGCGUCUGCUGCGCCGCAAGGACGAACUGGAGCGCAAGCAGAAGAUGCAGGAAAAAUACACCCAACGGUUACAGGACAUCCUAUCGCAGAGCACGAUCGCACUGAACAUCGAAGUCCGGCCCCGUCUGCUAGUGCCGGACACCAACUGCUUCGUAGAUUAUUUACCAGACAUCGAAAGCAUCUCGCAGGCCCAUCCGCUCUACCAGCUGAUGGUUCCCUUAGUCGUAAUCAACGAACUGGAAGGCCUCUCCAAGGGCACCAAACCGACGGCAGCGACCGCCGCCAUCAGCUCCAAGCUGGCCGGCAGCCUGUCGGUAUUUCCGCCCAAACCACCCGCGGCUUCUUCCGGGCUGGAUCGGCGCUUCGACCCCCAGCAUGCCGAAAAGGUGGCCGAAGCUUCCCGAGCCGCGCUCAAAUUCCUAAAAUCGAAAAACCCUGCCUUGAAAUGCGUAACCAGCAAAGGAUCGGUUAUGACCCGAUCGGCGUUCACCUCCGAGGAUGACGACGGCGAACAGAAGUCCAACGACGAUCGAAUUCUGGAAACGGCCAUGAAUCUGUGUCGGAACCACACCGAGGAAAAGCGAGGAGAAAUUCGCUACAUUAUGCGCGAGGUCGUUCUGCUGACGACCGAUCGAAACCUGCGCGUGAAGGCCCUGUCCAAUGAUUUGCCAGUGCGCGAACUGCCGGACUUUAUCAAAUGGGCAGGACUGGGACCCGCGUAGGCUGCGGCGGCGGCAUGCCACCAAACACACAUUUCUAUUAAAAAAAACACACACACACACGGACCCACGAAGUCACUUCUCUUUAGUCUAUUACAGCAUCAUACACAUAUAUUGACGAUUUUUUAUGACAAGAGCUGUGUCCUUCCGGAAGAGUUUAAACGUUCUUUUUGUUUUAUUCCUUUUUUUAAAAAAAAUUUCUGUUUUAACACUUUAAAGCAUCUAACAACGCAUACGCAUUAUUAUGAUUUAUGUUUUAUUUUAUUACCUUCGGUUAGAAAGUAUAACUUAUUAUUUUUGAAUUGAACUUCACUAGUGUGCCACGAUUAGGGCAACUUUGUUCGUUAAUAAAUAAAAAGAGCGAAGAAAUUAAAGUGCGUUUUUUCCCCUGACUGUUGUAUAUAUAUUGCGAUAUUUAGAUAUGUUUUUUUUCUUAUCAAUUUUUUCUGUUUCGUUUUUUGUUUGAUACCGUGUCGAUUAGCGGUCACUAAAUUACACACAAGAACAAAAACACCCAAAUCGGUUUAAUAUAUUCGUAGGUAUGUUAUGCGAUUGAUAAGCGCAGAUAAAGUGCCGAGUGCCCUGUGCCGACCCCCUGCUGGCUCUCGGCCCCUUGGAUGGCGUGGCCAGUCUGGGGGACGAAGUUUCAUUUUCUAAACCAAUACUAUUGACCUAUAACUAUAUUAUUAUUAUUAUUAAUUAUUAAUAUUAUAAAAAAAACUAGAUUGAAAGUUAGCAUCCAUUUAGCGAGAAAGAAGGAUAGCGAAUAGAAAGUUCGAGCCAGAAGAGAUGACAGUGAAAGAGAGAGAUAGAGAGAGUUAGAAAGAAAGAGUGGAAGCGAAAGCAAAAAAAAAUUACGUUGAACAGAAGCAUGCGAGAAGUUGCGAGUUAUAUAGACAAAAGGGAGUAAUUGAUGAUUUACACUCAAAACAGGCGUAGUUUAAAUGAGAACGUUUUUUGCUCGUUUAGGAAAUGAUCAACAAAAUAAUAAAAGGAUAUUU